CCAUCGUAUUAGUGCGAAAAAAAGUUCUUCUGGCCAGGAGGCGUGCGUUUUCACCGCCCACGUUUUUUCGUGUUCGUUUCGUGCAUUCUAAAUUUUGUGCCCACGCGUCGUUAACUUGGGUGUCCUGAAAAAUUUAAGAAUGCUGGAAAAACUCAAGAUCAAGAAUGCACUGCUCCGUGAGGCACUUGCUGAAUUUGCAGGAACGUUGGUUCUUGUGCUGAUGGGCAACGGCGUGCUCGCGUCGCUGACCUUCGACAAGGCAGGAGUCGCAAGUUACGGUGCUGCCUGCUGGGGUUGGGGCCUGGCUCUCACGCUCAGUGUCCUCGUCGCCGGAGGAGUGUCAGGGGCUCAUCUGAACCCAGCCGUGACUGUGGCUGCAGCUUCUGUGGGCAAGUUCUCCUGGCGCAAGGUUGUCCCUUACAUGGUAGCUCAAUACCUGGGAGCUUUGACAGCGUCAGCGCUUCUCUUCCUCACUUACCUGGAUGCCCUGAACCAUUUCGACAACGGAGCGAGAACCAUCACAGGUGCCACAGGUACGGCUGGGGUUUUCGCGUCCUACCCGAAGGAAUUUGUCAGCACCGCAGUCGGCUUCUUUGAUCAGGUCUUGGGAACCGGUCUUUUGAUGUUGGCCAUCCUGGCGAUCACUGAUCGGCGGAACAUGGCCGUAGCGCCCGGACUGCAGCCUUUCCUCAUCGGCCUGGCACUCACAGCUAUCGCGCUGUGCUUUGGAUACAACUGCGGCGCGCCACUUAACCCGGCACGAGACCUGUCACCACGCAUCUUCACAGCCAUGGCUGGUUGGGGCAGCGAAGUGUUCAGCUUCCGGGGCUACAACUGGUUCUGGGUGCCCAUUGUUGGCCCGCACAUUGGAGCCAUUCUUGGUGCCUGGCUGUACACCAUAGCUGUGGAGCUCCACUGGCCCUCGGCUGAUAGUGGAGAUCACGGGCCCUUCUAGAGACAGCCUGGUGCCACGGUCGCCAGCAGCAGACGGAUGUACUGGAGGACGUCGAGUGUGAUAUUUUACUGGCGACGUCUGUUCUACAUACUUAGAUGUUCAGAGAGUUUAUUUCAUUUUGCUGUAGUUAAGUGCUACGCGUGAAAUGAGAGCUGACAAACAGCAAAUUCUAUGGCGAUGAGCUGGUUGCGUAUACGUUUUUGAAUGUAACUUUUUUAUUCUUGCUCAUUUCUUCACAUAAAGAGUGCCCUCCAUUGUUCGGAAACAGCAAUGGCAAAAUAAAAGAUAGACGCUUAAAAAUUCCUAUGAACGGAGUUUCAAAAAGGGGUUACGAGCAGGGUUAUACAUUUACAAUGUAUAACUACGCACAACAGGCAAACACUACAGCCAGAGGGGAACUGCAGCAUGAGAUCGCAGCACAGCAGAGGAAUGCGUUUCCCAUCACCGUCUCUGUGUCAGUUAUUGUUGCGCUCUUGGUUUCAGCAGUGCAAUACAAACAAGCCCAAGCAUCCAUUCUUGGCAGCACGAGACCACGAUUGAAGUCGAGCCGUUCCAUCUUCGUAGUCUUCUCUCGCUAGCGAUGCCUUCGGCGUCAUGGCGUAAACUACACCGUGAAAAAUGUCGGUUGCUGAACUUAAGUUUUUGAGUACUUUGACACCAGAAAUAUCGGAACAAAUGUUUGGUCGCUUGGCAGGCGGAAUGAUGUUUGGCAGGCGGAAGGAAUAUUUGAACACUGCAAAACGCAUAAGUUCUAAACGACGCUGUAGUUUCUUCGCAAGUAGCUUUUUUAUUUGCAUGAAAGCCCAAGGUUCAGACAGCUCCCGAAAACUGCCGCGCUUCAAACAACCAUAUUCAAGAAACAGGUUUGCGUUCCAUAAUGAUAUCUCUCGUGGCUAAUGUGCAUGUAUACGUGGAGAAUUCACUACCACGACAAAGUUCCGGUUGAAUUAUUACACAUGGGCCAGACUUGUUUAAUUCUAACGAUUUUCUAGGCAGAUGUUACGUUUGC